AUGCUGCCUGGAAGCGGCCGGGCCAAGCGCUUCGUGUCCGAGGCGCGCUUCGUGGAGACGCUGCUGGUGGCGGACGCGUCCAUGGUCAAGUUCUACGGGGAAGAGCUGAAGAACCACAUUCUGACCCUGAUGUCGGUGGCUGCUCGGCUCUACAAGCACCCGAGCCUGAAGAACUCCGUCAGCCUGGUGGUGGUGAAGGUGCUGGUGGUGGAGGAUGAGAAGGCGGGGCCGGACGUGUCCGAUAACGGGGGGCUUACGCUGCGCAACUUCUGCAGCUGGCAGCAGCGCUUCAACCCGGCGAGUGACCGCCACCCCGAGCACUACGACACCGCCGUCCUGCUGACCAGACAGGACUUCUGUGGGCUCCAGAGCUGUGACACCCUGGGAGUAGCUGACAUCGGCACCAUGUGCGACCCGAACAAAAGCUGCUCUGUGAUUGAAGAUGAGGGGCUGCAGGCUGCCUACACCCUGGCUCAUGAACUAGGACACGUGCUCAGCAUGCCCCACGACGACUCCAAGACCUGCGAGCGGCUCUUUGGGCCUCUGGGAAAGCACCACAUGAUGGCGCCUCUCUUCGUCCACGUGAACAAGACCCUGCCCUGGUCCCCCUGCAGCGCCAUGUACCUCACCGACUUUCUGGACGGGGGACACGGUGACUGUCUGCUCGACGCGCCCACCGAACCCCUCGCCCUCCCCACAGACCUUCCCGGCCAACUGGCCAGGUACGACCUGGACCGCCAGUGCCAGCAGAUCUUUGGCAAGGCGUUCCAGCACUGCCCAAACACCACCGAGGAGGACGUCUGCGCCCAGCUGUGGUGCCGGAUGGACACCAAGGAGCCCCUCUGCCACACCAAAAACGGCAGCUUGCCGUGGGCGGACGGCACCCCCUGCGGAGCGGGCAGGCUGUGCUGGGAUGGCCACUGCGUGGCGCAGGAAGCAAGGAAGCACCAGGUCGCGGUUGAUGGGAACUGGGGUCCCUGGAGCCCGUGGGGAGCCUGCUCCAGGACGUGCGGAGGAGGCGUGCACUUCUCCUACCGGGACUGCAAUGACCCGGCACCUCAGAACGGUGGAAAAUACUGCGAGGGUCAGAGAGCCAAAUAUCAGUCGUGCCGCACAGAGGAAUGCCCCCCGGACGGGAAGAGCUUUCGAGAGCAGCAGUGCGAAAAGUACAACAGCUACAACUUCACCGAUCUGGAUGGGAAGCUGCUGGAGUGGCUGCCCAAGUAUUCCGGGGUGUCCCCUCGGGACCGCUGCAAGCUCUUCUGCCGAGCCCGCGGGAGGAGCGAAUUCAAAGUGUUCGAGGCCAAAGUGAUCGAUGGGACGUUGUGUGGGCCAGAGACCCUCUCCAUCUGUGUCCACGGCCAGUGCAUCAAGGCUGGCUGUGACCACGUGAUUGGCUCCUCCAAGAAGCUGGACAAGUGCGGGGUGUGCGGUGGCAACGGCUCGACGUGCAGGAAAAUAUCGGGCUCGCUCAACAGAUCCAAGUAUGGCUAUAACGACAUCGUCACGAUCCCUGCCGGAGCUACCAACAUUGACAUCAAGCAGCGCAGCCACCGAGGGGUCCGGCACGAUGGAAACUACCUGGCUUUGAGAACCCCGGAUGGCAGGUACCUCCUGAACGGAGACUUUGCCAUUUCAGCCAUGGAGCAAGACAUCCUGGUGAAGGGGAUGAUCCUGAAGUACAGUGGCUCUCUGACCACUCUGGAGCGGCUCCAGAGCUUCCGGCAGCUCCCAGAAUCUCUCACUGUCCAGCUGCUGACGGUCUCCAGCGAGGUCUUCCCGCCCAAGGUGAAGUUCACUUUCUUCCUCCCCAAGGACGUGCCCUUUAGCAAGCAGAAGGUCAAGGAGAAGAAAUCAGCCAACGUCAUCCAGCCCAUGCUGACCUCGCAGUGGGUUAUGGGGGACUGGUCCGAGUGCUCCAAAACGUGCGGCUCUGGUUGGCAGAGGCGCACGGUGGACUUGUUACCUGCCGCUGUCAUGUGCUUGGUGCUCUGA